AUGCUAAUUGCCCUAAUUGAAAGAACAAUGCCCUUUUUGAUAAUUGGCGCAACACUGUCUUCCAAGCAUAUUGUUUCUCAAUUUCCUCAUUGCCGUCCCAAGACAUGCAGUGAAGAUGUCAUUGAGCGAAAUAGCGACUUGCUGAAACGUAGGAGUUGGCAGCUGGAGGGGAAAGGUGAGAGAGGCGAACAUAUUUCAUUGGACGACGCACGACAUCAGGAACGCCGUAAAGAGAAAAGGUCUUCGUUCAUAUCAGCCGAUAAGAAUGCCAUUUUAGGCUUUUACAUAGACGAAGAUAAUAUUAGCCAUUGGAUAUUGUUUGUGUUAUUAAAAUUCCUUUCUUUCUUUUCUCUCCAAAGGAUACUUUCAACCUCGGAUUCUGUCUUUCUUUCUUUCUUUCUUUCUUUCUUUCUUUCUUUCUUUCUUUCUUUCUUUCUUUCUUUCUUUCUUUCUUUCUUUUUCUCCGCAUCUUUAUUUCUAAUACUCUUUCUUUCUUUCUUUCUUUUUUCUUUCUUUCUUUCUUUCUUUCUUUCUUUCUUUCUUUCUUUUCACAUACACUUUACAAAUAUAGUCUUUGUUUUUAGAUACUUUUUCUUUUUUUAUUUCUUUUUCUUCGUUCCUUUCUUUACAACUGCACUUUUUAUAAUCUUCCUUUCUAGUGUUCUUUCUUUCUUUCUUUUCUCUCCAACGUAUACUUACUCUUUCUUUCUUUCUUCUUUUCACAUACGCUUUACAAAUAUAAUCCUUAUUUCUAAUGCUCUUUCUUUCUUUUUUUCUUUCUUUCUUUCUUUCUUUCUUUCUUUCUUUCUUACCAUAUCGGGUCACCAAAGCAAAAGAGAUACCUAUUUAGUUUUUCUAUUUGAACCUCAAUUCGCUCUUACUCCGCCCCCCCCCAGGUGA